GAGUUGGGGCGGAGGGAGAAGGGGGAGGUCGCUCUGUCUGUCUGUCUCCCGCCGCCCUUGCCCGGGCGGCUCGAAGUGCCGCCGGGCAGACGGGAGCCCAGCGGAGGGUGCAGGGAGCUGGCGGGGCGGCUGGGGGCCGCCCGGGCGCCGAGGUCCCAGCCGCGCGCCGGGGAGCGCGGACCGCAGCUGGGGCUCGGCUGGCAGCAGAUUAUCCCGCUCCGGCCGCCCCUCGGUCUCCCUCUGCUCCCACCUACCCCGACACCAGAGAAAAGCGUGCAAAGCGCCGAGAAGGACGGAAACCACAAAUAAAUAGCGGCGGCAGCAGCGCGUCAUCUGGUGGAGCAGGAAGUGCAGGCAGAGUCCGGAGGCCGGUGCUUUCUGCGCGUCCCCAGGACUUUGCCAUGGGCUGGGGGCCGCGGAGGCUGCGAGCGGCCGGGCGAAGGCAGCGGCGGCGGCCACCGCACCGGGGCUGAGCGAGCAGCGACGCGCGGGGCGCGCGGAGAUGGCAGCGUCCAGCAACUCAAGCCUGUCCGGCUCCUCGGUGUCCUCCGAUGCUGAAGAAUACCAGCCUCCAAUAUGGAAAUCAUACUUAUAUCAGCUACAGCAAGAGGCCCCUCGUCCCAAGAGGAUUAUUUGUCCUGGGGAGGUGGAAAACAGACCAAAAUAUUAUGGAAGAGAGUUUCAUGGGAUCAUCUCCCGGGAGCAGGCAGAUGAGCUUCUUGGAGGCGUGGAGGGCGCCUACAUUCUUAGAGAAAGCCAGCGCCAGCCCGGGUGCUACACGUUGGCUCUCAGGUUUGGAAACCAGACUUUAAACUACAGGCUCUUCUAUGAUGGAAAACACUUUGUGGGUGAGAAGAGGUUUGAAUCGAUUCAUGAUCUGGUCACAGAUGGCUUGAUAACCCUGUACAUAGAGACAAAAGCUUCAGAAUACAUUUCUAAAAUGACAACAAAUCCCAUUUAUGAACACAUUGGAUAUGCCACUUUACUGAGAGAAAAGGUUUCCAGGAGGCUGAGCAGGUCUAAAAACGAAUCAAGAAAAACCAGCGUCACAAAUGAAGAACACACGACUGUUGAAAAGAUUUCCUCCCUGGUCCGAAGGGCCGCCCUCACUCACAAUGACAACCACUUCAACUAUGAGAAGACACACAACUUUAAGGUCCAUACAUUCCGAGGCCCACACUGGUGUGAAUACUGUGCCAACUUCAUGUGGGGGCUCAUUGCCCAAGGGGUCCGGUGCUCAGACUGUGGAUUGAACGUACACAAACAGUGUUCCAAGCACGUUCCUAAUGACUGCCAACCUGAUCUCAAGAGGAUCAAGAAGGUCUAUUGUUGUGACCUCACAACACUUGUGAAAGCUCACAACACUCAGAGACCCAUGGUGGUAGAUAUAUGCAUUCGAGAAAUUGAAGCAAGAGGACUAAAGUCUGAAGGUCUUUACAGAGUCUCUGGGUUCACUGAACAUAUCGAAGAUGUCAAAAUGGCAUUUGACAGAGAUGGUGAAAAGGCAGAUAUAUCGGCCAACAUCUACCCAGACAUAAACAUCAUCACUGGAGCCCUUAAACUGUAUUUCAGAGACUUACCCAUUCCUGUUAUCACCUAUGAUACCUAUUCCAAAUUUAUAGAAGCAGCAAAAAUCACCGGUGCAGAUGAGCGGCUGGAAGCUGUCCACGAUGUGCUGAUGAUGCUGCCUCCUGCCCAUUAUGAGACCCUCCGAUACCUGAUGAUCCACCUCAAGAAGGUGACUAUGAAUGAAAAGGACAAUUUCAUGAAUGCUGAAAAUCUGGGGAUUGUGUUUGGGCCCACCCUGAUGAGGUCCCCUGAGGACAGCACCCUCACCACCCUCCAUGACAUGCGGUACCAAAAGCUGAUCGUGCAGAUUUUAAUAGAAAAUGAAGAUGUUUUGUUUUAAUCCACCAGGAAAAUGAGCUGAAUGGCCCCAGUCCCGUCUACAUUGAUAAGGCUAAAGGAAUAAAAACAUUUCUUACACUUGACGUGUUUUCCAAGCAAGUGACAGAAUUUCCUGGACCACUGCGGAUCGCCAAGUGCACUACUGUGUCUCGUAGACACUGGCCUCCUCCACGUGAGAAGAGCAAGGAUGAGAGCGUGAGAAAGGCCCUCGCCUUGGGGCUCUGCCGUGCCUCCCGUGUGUCUGUUUUGUUGAAAGAGUGAUUAAUAAAUCUUUAACUUAUUAAAAAAACAAUGUAGACCUUUAAACUUCCAUCUUAUCAGUAAUAAAAGGGAACUUAAUCCAUAGAGGUACUUGAUAUAAUUCUACAUUUUCCAUUUACAAAAAGAAGACAAUUCUCUAUGUUAAAUGUUAAAUGGAACUUAUAUUGUAAAAUGUAUUUUUAUUUUAGCUGCAAGAAUGUUCCUUUAUUUUAGCAAAUAGAACUCAAUGCAGUGCAUUGAUUAUCUCCCUGUGUCCUUGUCCUGCCUUCUUGCUGUGACCCCUGAAAAAGUUUACCAUGAAUGCAGUAUUAUCUUGACAUACCUCUGUCCUUAUCAGUGCUUUGCAAUGAAAUUUCACCUACCACCUGUGUCCCUGCUUUGGAUAGUUUUUGCUGUUAAGCACUGGCAUUUGGCUGUCAUACAAUAUAUGUUUAUAGCAAUUGUAGAAUGGUCUGAAAUAUCCACAAAUUUUCUUUCCAUAAAAAGUUUUGAAAUCCCAAAUUAUGUUUUGGAAUUAUGGUCAUAGUCUUUCCAUAUCAUGUGUGUAUAUCCCAGAAUGUGUAGAAUUUGAUUGUUUUUAAGAAAAUGAUUUGGGAACACUUGUACCUGGGCCAUGUAAAAAGUUGGCACUUUUCCUCUUUGCCUUUCAGGCAAGAACUCAGAACCCACCCACAAGUUGUAUUUUUGCCGCAUUUUUGUAUUUAUGAAAAAUGAAUCUGCAGAAUAAUUGUUGAUUUUUUUCAUUUUUGUUUCGCAAACAAGCCUAUUUUUAAAAGAAAGAAUGACCAAGAUUGGUUUUUACAAAUAUUUGUUCCUCCUUGAUAAAAGCAUCUCUGUAUGGAUAAUAAUUUAAUAUGAUUUUAUUGCCAUAGUUCCAUUUUAUUGGUUAUGUUUAUCUUAGCGUGAGCUUUUCACACCAAGAUUUCUAUAUUUUGUAACAUAGGUAAACUAUUUAAAACAUCAAACACUGUAAAUCUAGAUUUUUCUUCUUAAAUCCACCUAUGAUGAUUGUCUGAAUGAUUCAUGUAAUUUUUCACUAGUCUUGUGUUGGAGUGACCGGAAGAGAAUGACUGUGUGGUAAGUGGGCAGAAAGGAGGAGGACGGUGCAGUUGCUGUCCCAGAAAGUUUCGAAGGCCACUCGAUGGACUCCACUGACACACACGGGUCAGAACGGUUCUGCUGUUAGCAUUCCUCCCAACUGUACAGAUUGGUUUGUUGUAGCUUAUGUACUUCUUGAUACUGUCAAAAAUUAUCUGGAAAUGGUUUUAUUUUGUGAAGUGAAUCAUACUUUGUAAUUUAUGAUAGUGUAAAUGGAAGGAAAAGCAUUAAAUGUAUUAAAUUCUUCUGUC